UCAAUUUAUGUUUUCGAAAACAAAGCCAAUCGCCAUCAACCGCUACAAAACAAAUGAAAAGACAAAUUAUUGUAUUCAAAGUUUAGGGAAGUUCAUCACUUUAAUCAGAAUUAGGGCCAAAAGGAUAGUCUACAGGAUAAACCAAACACUCCACAGCAAUUUGGGAAAUAACGUGUAAGACUACUGAGAUUUCCAAGAAACUCAAAUUGGUGCAAACCCAAAUGGAAUCCGAGGAAGAUGAAGCCCCCCAUCUACACUCAAAGCGGAGCAGACCCACAAAUCAUAUUGCUCAAUUUCCGUCAACUUCAAUGCAAGAUUCAAGCUUUAAAAUCCCUAUUCUCCCAGCUGAACUCAUCACUGAAAUCCUCUUAAGGCUUCCUGUGAAAACCCUCUUGAAAUUCAGGUGUGUUUCAAAAUCGUGGCUUUCUCUAAUAUCUAGCUCUGGAUUUGUCAAGACCCAUCUUAGUAUAUCUGCUAAUAACAAGGACUAUACCCAUCAAAGGGUUAUUUUGAGUUUUGUUCAACCUGAAUACAAUCUUAAGGACUGUUCCCUUAGUUCUUUACUUUAUGGUUCUGUUACUGAGGCGUUGGACUUGGAUUAUCCCAUGAAAAACCCUCAUCAAUCUGUUUGGAUUGUGGGUUCUAUCAAUGGCAUGAUUUGUCUUGCCAUUGAGGAAAAUGCCUUGUUUUUAUGGAAUCCAUCUAUUAGGAAGUUCAAGAAAUUGCCUGACUCUAGACCUACAUUAAAGUGUGGUUACUAUUUCAUGUAUGGUUUUGGAUACGAUGAGCUUCAUGAUGAUUAUAAGGUAGUGGGUAUUUUCUGUACUUUUGGUUCUGGCGGUUCGUAUGAUGUUGAGGUCAAAAUAUAUGGUCUAAAGAGUGAUUCUUGGAGAAAUGUUGAUGAUUAUCAGGGUGGGGUAUUACUGAAUGAUUCGGGUAAGUUUGUGAACGGGAAGCUUCAUUGGGCUACUACUGCUGGUCUUGGCGUGUAUAAUGGCUGGGAAAUCAUUUCUAUUGAUUUGACUGAUGAGAAAUGGGGAAAGGUGGAGCAGCCCUGCUAUGGAGAAGGAAGAAUUGAUUUUGUAUUGGGGGUUUUGGGAGAUGAUCUUUGCGUGCUUUGUAAUUAUCAGAGAACUUGGGCAGAGGUGUGGGUUAUGAAGGAUUAUGGCGUUAAAGAGUCUUGGACAAAAAUGUAUUCCAUCAGAUGUCCUAACGAUCCUGGGAAGUAUAUGUUUUCUCCACCCCUGUGCAUGUCAAAUAAAGGUGAAAUUUUGCUUGUGUUUGGAUCAAUUUUCAUGAAAUACAAUCCUGAUGAUGAUUCGAUCAAAUAUCCAGAGGUGACUAACUUUGAUGCAUGUCUUGAGGCGGAAAUCUACAUUGAAAGCCUAGUUUGUCCCCUUCUACAAACUGAACCAAUGACACAAGAACAGUGAAGGCUGCAGAAGCUCAGAUGAAUGACAAUCCUGUGAUUUACACAUUGCAAGAGCUCUCUUUUAUGCAGUUUUUAUAAAUACUGUUUUAUCCUGUUUCUUUGUCAAAUAUAGAACAAGAUGUCGCAUAUGGGACAUCUUUACAAUACAUCUUCCUGGAUAUCUUGUUUGUCGUUUUUCAGUUUUGCUUAAUUCCAAGAAACACAUUUGUCGCAAGAACAACUAUUUGGUUGUAGUUUUUAGUGUCUAACACUAAGUAGAUAGCAUUGGACAUAUACUUUUUAAUUCUUGAGAAGUUUCGUAAGGGGGUUUUUGCCCUAGAAAAAGUCAGCUUAAAGAGCACCAGAGCCACGGAAAUCAUGACAGGGGAAUGUGCAUAACGCUUGACAGGGUUAUUAUUUGAUCUACGGCUUACUUUUACUAGUCUUCUUAGAUGAAACUUAGUAUGGUGAAAGAGACAUAUGGGAACUGUGUAAUAAGAGUUAAAAGUAAAACAUCCAGUUUUUGUGUUUC